AUGUGUUUCAAGACCUCGUGCCCGACUUGCAGCAAGACGACAUGGCAAGGCUGCGGAAGCCACGUGCCGAAUGUGAUGGAUAACGUGCCCAAGGAGGAGUGGUGCGCAUGCACGCCGCAGGUCGAGAAGGAGGGUAAGAAAUACCCUCCUGGAAAGGCGAGGUGA